AUGGCAGACUUCAAAUUCAGAGGCGACCUCGCAGCCAACAAGGAGUUGGUCUGCUCCAUUUCCCGCCUGCUUAAAGCCCAUGGGAUCCCUAACCUUCUCUGGGGCGAUUUCGUCUUCAAUCUCUACGGAGUACCUCUCCAAGUCUCAGACUUCAGUUUCGUCAUCCCCGACGAUCUAAUCGAUAGAGCCCGCACUGUCUUAGAGAUAGCCAAAUUCCCACUGUGCCACCUAGGCCAGACAUGCCCCGCCAUCCAGCCAAACCGCCCCGCUCCAACCCCCUACGCCCACUUCAACAUCAAGCAAAAAGGCGACCCAAGAAAGUGGUUCAGAGUCGAACUCCACCGGAAGUCAUGCUAUCUUCGUAACUGA